AUGAUCGAAACGAUUGAAACCGGAAAUUGUAGUGAAGCAAAGCAGUUUUUGAUACCCUACUACGAAGUCAGAGAUGAACUCUUUGUCGCGGAUGGAGUAAUCAUGCGAAUGGACCGUAUUGUAUCACCGAGCCAGCAAAAAAUGGCAGAGUUACCAGACCGACCAUGGGAUGUGGUAGAAGCUGAUUUUUGUGAGAUAUGCACUGGUACUUAUCGACCAAAAUUCACGGUUUCCAGAAGUGGAUAUGGUAACAUCUACAUCCACAAUACCAGUGACAAAGAAAUUGAAGAAGAUUUUUUCUACCCAUGGAAUACCUCGAAUACUACAAACUGUUAACGGUCCACCAUUCAAUGGUGAACAAUUCCAAGCCUUCGCUGAAGAAAUGGGAUUUCACCACAAGCGAGUAACACCAAUACAUCUGAAGGCGCAGGGCCAAGUGGAAAAUUUCAAUAAGCGGAUCAACAAAACAACAAAGAUUGCCUGUGAAGAAGGAAUCGAUAUCAAGAGUGCAAUAUAUGAUAUGUUACAAGCAUACAGACAGACACCCCAUCCGGCAACAAAGUCAAAGCCGUACGCGGUUUUGAUGCACCGUCAAGUUCGAGCACGAUUGGAACAUUUUCCCACCGAAGUUCACAUCACCCAAGAUGAG